CCGGCGCGUGACAAUCCCCCUCUUUUUAUCGUCUCAUUUUCUCAAUCUAUCUAGAUUUCAAUGACUAUGACUUCUUCGUCGAGGCGCCACCUUGACCACACCUCCGCCCGCACUCCAAUUUCCUAAUUUGUUAUUCAAACAAUUUUCAUAUAUAAAAAUUCACAAAACAGAUAGAAUUGUAAGAAACUGGUGAAACGCCACCCACUGUGCACGUUAGCAUUCUGCGCAUCUACCGGUGAAGAUAUAUAUGGCGGAGCUGGCUCAAGCCGCCGCGGACGUUUACGCGCCGAGGAGUCUACCAGCUUGGAGGUCGCUUCUGAGCUGGCUGGCUUUCUUUAUUCAGAUCUUCGUUCAGAUCGUUAGAGGAACACCGUCUCUGAGUCAGGUACUUUCGUAUGUCGGCUUACGUAAUAGUAGCUCUUUCCUCUCUUCCACGCCGCAGUUCAAGCCACUGCCUGUUGUUGAGCUGCCGGAGUCUCAGCUGCCCGAGGAGGCGCCUCCGCCGCCGCAGCAACCGUCUGUUGCUGUUUCCACCUUGCAAAUCGACGCCGGAAGAGUUCGUGAUGGUAACGGCGACCAACAUCUACGGAGACUCACGGUGGUUCUUGAUUUGGAUGAAACUUUAGUUUGUGCGUAUGAGACAUCAAGUUUGCCCAAUAUCGUACGCACCCAGGCCACAGAGGCUGGAUUGAAGUGGUUUGAGCUUGAGUGCAUAUCUUCAGACAAGGAAUGCGACAGCAAACCUAAGAUCAACUAUGUCACAGUUUUUGAACGUCCUGGAUUGCACGACUUUUUAAAAGAACUCAGUGAAUUUGCCGAUCUUGUCUUGUUUACUGCUGGGCUUGAAGGCUAUGCAAGGCCCCUUGUUGACAAAAUUGAUCUCGGGAAUCGGUUUAGCAUGAGACUUUAUCGGCCUUCAACAACUAGCACGGAAUAUCGGGAACAUGUGAAGGAUUUAUCUUGCAUAUCAAAGGAUCUAAGCCGAAUUGUCAUUGUUGAUAACAAUCCAUUUAGUUUUUUGUUACAACCUCUAAAUGGAAUUCCGUGCAUUCCAUUUGCUGCUGGACAACCGCAUGAUAUACAGCUUUUGGAGGUUAUCCUUCCACUUCUCAAGCAUCUUUCCCAGCAGAAAGAUGUGCGGCCUGUGCUCUACGAAAGAUUUCAUAUGCCCGAAUGGUUUCAAAAGCAUGGAAUCCCUGUUUCUGCAUUGACAAGUGUAGAAUGAAAAUCUUGCAAGUGAAAUUGCUUCUAAUUCCUGGAGACGCCAAUCCUGUAAUUUGUUCUGCAAGUGCAGUACCCCUUCACUCGAAGAACAAUUUUGUAUAGCUAAUUUUGUGUAGAAGAGGGAGCAGCCAUCGACGAAGUCCCAAGUUUCUCAAUGUUUUCCUCCCUAUGUUCGCACAACAUUCUCAUUGUGGAAAUUUAGAUUAUUGCGUAACUUGUUAAUAGCCUCCAAUCUUAGACGAUGUUAGUGUUUCUGCAAUUGUUGUAAACAGUCGUCGCCAAUAAUUAUUCCUUCUCUCACACAAAUUCUAAUGCAAAGGUUUGAUCAUUGGACGCUCUCUUCAGGAAUGGUAAAUGUUCGUUUUUUAAA